UCUUCACCUACCUCUCUAGUCGUUAUUCACCUACCUCUCUAAUGGCUCCGUUUUCCUCCUUUUCUUUCUUGGUAGUAUUGUUAGCAAGCAUUGGCUGCGCCACCGCAUGCUACACCGCCAUAUUCGGCUUCGGAGAUUCCCUCACCGACGCCGGAAACCUGAUUCACCUCGAGACUGACGGCUCCGUUCCCCACAUGUACUUCCCUCCUUACGGAGAAACCUUUUUCGGCCAUCCCACCGGCCGUUGCUCCGACGGCCGCGUCAUCCUCGAUAUAAUCGCGGAGCAUUACGGACUUGCGAUUCCGCCGCCGUCGCUCAGCCGUAAAGCUCAAACCGGCGGGAAUAAUAUCCGACAAGGGGUUAACUUCGCGGUGGUGGGAUCGCGAGCACUGCCGGCGGAAUUCUACGAAAAGCUAGAAAUUUAUGAUACUGUCACCAACGUCUCCAUGAGAGACCAAUUGCACGCCUUCAAAGAUAUGAUUCCUUCGCUCUGUAACUCACCUUCGGAUUGCAAGAACUUGUUGGAGAACUCUUUAUUUGUCCUUGGAGAAUUCGGUGGCAAUGACUACACUCACGCACUUCUAUCUGGAAAAGACAUUACUGUCAUCCGGCCAUUUAUCCCUAUUGUUGCCCAUGCCAUUGCUGAGGGUGCCCAUAAACUAAUAGAACUAGGAGCAAGAACAGUAAUGGUUCCAAGCGUGCUCCCACUUGGAUGUGCGGCUUCUUAUUUAACAUAUUACCCAAGUCCCAACCCUGAAGACUACGACGAUUUGGGGUGUCUCAUUUGGGUGAACGAUAUGGCUUCUUAUCACAAUCAAUUGCUUCAAAAAGAGCUCAAUCUCGUGCGAGAACGUCACCCUUAUGCUAAUAUUAUCUACACUGAUAUUUUCAAUGCCGCCAUGCAAAUUUACGACGGUCCCGACACAUUGGGAUUUUCGGGAGGUGCUUUAAGAGCAUGUUGUGGUGGGGGUGGUGAGUACAAUUUUAAUCCUGAUCUGCAAUGCGGGGACGAGGGAGCAACCAGUUGUCCGGAUCCUUCUACGUAUGUUAACUGGGACGGGUAUCAUUUGACAGAGGCGGCUUAUAAACUUAUUACCAAGAGUUUAUUAGACGGCACAUAUACUUAUCCAAGUAUGAAUGAUUUAUGUCCUACAAAUGGCCAAGUUGCCCAACUUUAAGUUAGGACGCUGUCAUUCUUGACUUUAAUUUGAGGUUCACUUUUGGUAGAAAUUCUACUAAGAGAUUGACGUCAUAUUUUCAGGAUGAAAUUAGAAUCCGGGAAAAUAUUUGCAAGUGUUGUUAUUAAAUAUGGUUUCUUGGUUGUAUGGUUCAACAUUUAUAAAAUCUUUGUUAGUAGUGUUGGAAAAUGUUAAAAGGGACUAAUAUAAUAAAACUUAUGAUUGAUUAUAA